UGGAAAUAUAAAAUGUUCUCACCACUAACAUUAUCCACUUUUAACUCUUCCAAGAACCAGAACUAUAACUUCAAGUCUGCAGGAGCUUCGCCUAAGAAAAAUAUAUCUGGGGGUACAAGGUACGUUAAGGACUACAGGACGAAGCUAGCAAGGUACGUUAAGAAGAGUCACAAUAACGAGAGAUUCAACAACAAAGCCAAUUUGUCCUUCUGGAAGACGAACAGGAUUGAAACCCAGAAUCCCCGUCCAAGGAAGUACGAAUGCAAGUCUAGCAUAUAGGCUCGUCCUUAGUAAAGACAGAGUGCUUUUCAAAUAAGAAUUUGGUUAAAAAUAUGCAGGCAUCGGCCCCUGCUAGUCCCAAAUUUAGAUUCCAGGAUGCUACACAUAAGUACAAACCACCCCUUCCUCAGGUUGGGAAUUCAAAGCAGCGACAGAUGUUCAAAGGAAUACAGAGUAAGGUCUCAGAGAUUUUGAAAAAGAAUUCCCCUAAGAAAGACAAAAGAAGCAUGAAACAAUCCAUGCAAGUGUUUACAAGUCCUAAUAGUCCAACCCAGUCUGAAGAGACCGAUUUUGAUACAGUCUUUAACAGCUUCCAGAGAAUUACUUCUUUGAUGGAUACCAUAUCGAAGAAUGAGAAAAAAUUCGUCAUUUCAAAUCUGAAGAACCCUAGGGUUUCAUUACAGAAGGAAUUGGAUAAGUUUCAAAAAGAGGAAUCGAAGCUUAGCAUGUCCAUGGUUGGCUUUCGAAAAAAAAUUAAAACUAUAAAACAGCAUAGAAUCAACAAGGACUUGCGCAAGAAACCACUAAAGUUAUUAUAAUCCAGUCUAACUCCAUUUAUAAUAUGACUAAGUACCCUUUCAAC